AUGCGUUCCUUCGCUCCCUGGAUCGUGAGCCUUCUAGGCGCUAGCGUAGUGGUCUCUGCCACCGACACCUCGGCAGAUGCUCCCUCUGAUGUUGUUACCCUGACCAAGGACUCAUUUGAUGAUUUCAUGAAGGCGCAUGACCUGGUGUUGGCUGAGUUCUAUGCCCCUUGGUGUGGUCACUGCAAGGCUCUGGCUCCUAAGUAUGAGGAGGCUGCCACUGAGCUCAAGGGGAAGAACAUUCCCUUGGUCAAGGUCGAUUGUACUGCGGAAGAAGAACUAUGCAGAGACAAUGGUGUUGAAGGCUAUCCCACCUUGAAGAUUUUCCGCGGUCCUGAGUCCAGCAAGCCGUACCAGGGAGCUCGACAGGCUGAUUCGAUCGUCUCUUAUAUGGUCAAGCAAUCACUUCCUGCCGUGUCCCCAGUCACCGAGGAUAACCUGGAGGACGUGAAGACUAUGGACAAGAUUGUCGUCAUUGGCUACCUUCCCUCUGACGACAAGGCUGCCAACGAUGCAUUCACAUCCUUCGCCGAGUCGCAGCGCGAUAACUAUCUAUUUGCCGCCACAAGUGACUCCGCUAUCGCCAAGGCAGAGGGUGUCAAGCAGCCCUCGAUUGUCCUGUACAAGGAUUUCGACGAGAAGAAGGCUGUUUAUGAUGGAAAACUUGACCAAGAGGCCAUUCUCAGCUGGGUGAAGACUGCCAGCACCCCACUUGUCGGCGAGAUCGGACCCGAGACCUACUCUGGGUAUAUGGCAGCCGGUAUUCCCCUGGCAUAUAUCUUCGCCGAAACCCAGGAAGAACGCGAAAAAUUCACCGAGGACUUCAAGCCCAUUGCUGAGAAGCACAAGGGAGCCAUCAACAUCGCCACUAUUGACGCGAAGAUGUUCGGAGCCCACGCUGGAAACCUCAACCUUGACCCCCAGCAGUUCCCGGCAUUCGCUAUUCAGGAUCCUGAGAAGAAUACCAAGUAUCCUUAUGACCAAACCAAGGAGAUCAAUGCCAAGGACAUCGCCAAGUUCAUCCAAGAUGUCCUUGAUGGCAAGGUUGAGCCCAGCAUCAAGUCCGAGCCAAUUCCCGAAACCCAAGAAGGCCCCGUCACGGUCGUGGUCGCCCAUUCCUACCAGGAUCUCGUCAUUGACAACGACAAGGAUGUUCUUCUCGAAUUUUAUGCACCUUGGUGCGGCCACUGCAAAGCUCUUGCUCCCAAGUAUGACGAGCUCGCAGCUCUCUAUUCGGGCGACCUUGCCUCUAAGGUCACUAUUGCUAAGAUUGAUGCCACGGCCAAUGAUGUGCCCGAUUCCAUUACUGGCUUCCCCACCAUCAAGCUCUAUCCCGCUGGUGCCAAGGACUCCCCAGUCGAAUAUUCUGGCUCUCGCACCGUUGAGGAUCUCGCCGACUUCGUCAAAGAGAAUGGCAAGCACAAGGUCGAUGGCCUUGAAGCUAGCUCCCAGGAAACAGAAGAGGGCGCCGAUGUUACCGCCUCUGCCUCGGCUUCGUCCACUGAGACCGAAGCUCCUGCUGCCACGGAGGACGAAAAGGCCGAUCAUGAUGAGCUGUAG